CUCCAGUGCUGCUCGCCAUUACCAUUCCGGGCACAGCGCACCUCUGCUCCACACGCAGAAAUGGAGCCGGCUCUGUGGUUGACAGGCGUCCGAGCGCAGGAGGAGGGGUGGAGGAUGAGGAUGAGGAUGCAUGACGGCUGCAACCUUUCAGGCAAUCUGGAUUAACUUGCUCCGAGAGAGAGAGAGAGAAAAAGAGAGAAAGAGAGAGAGGAAUUAGGAACAUCUGGCUGCAACCUCCCUCUCUCCAUCCACAAAGGCGUUUUCUAGCUCUCUCUUUUUUUUGGGGGGGGGGGGGGGAGUUGUCGGGGGUGCGCAGUGGAAGAGGCGAUCCUGCUCAGCCUCCAAAGAAGAAGCCUCGGCAGGACCCUGCAGUGAGCUCGUCCACGCCGUGCGAUGCUCCCGUCGAUCCAUUCUCCUCCUCCUCCUCUUCUUCUUCUUGAAGGACAUCGACGUGCUGCCAAGGCCGGACACAUGUCAGCGCGUCUGGGACUAAAUUCAAUACUGCUCCCGCGAUGCUCGUCUUCUCCGCUGGGAAGGCGCUCCUCUUCUGACUGAUGUGUCUCCGGCAAGGCGUAACAACGUGAAUGACAAGUCCAAUGGAGACCCUCCUGCUUUAUCUGAUUGUCCUCUGUGCGGCUGUCAGGGCCCACAAAGUUCAAGUCUGCCCGAGGCGCUGCAUGUGCCAGGUGCUUAAUCCCAACCUGGCCACGCUGUGCGACAAGAAGGGGCUGCUCUUUGUGCCCCCCAACAUCGACAGACACACCGUGGAAAUGCGACUGGGUGAUAAUUUUGUCACCAGCAUCAAGCGCAAGGAUUUUGCUAACAUGACCAAGCUGGUGGACCUGACGCUGUCCCGUAACACCAUCGGGACCAUCGUUCCUAAUGCUUUUAAAGAUCUGGAGAACCUGCGAGCGCUCCACUUGGAUAGCAACCGCUUGACGCGCAUCACCAACGACACUUUCAGCGGCAUGUCCAAGCUGCACCACCUCAUCCUCAAUAACAAUCAGCUGACGCACAUCCAGAUCGGGGCCUUCAAUGAUCUAACGGCGCUGGAGGAACUGGAUUUGUCCUACAACAACCUGGAGAGCGUCCCCUGGGUGGCUAUACAAAGAAUGUCCAGCCUCCACACUCUCAAUUUGGACCACAAUAUGCUCAGCUACAUUCCAGAAGGCACCUUCUCGGGUCUGCAGAAGCUCAAGAGGUUGGACGUGACCUCCAACAAGCUUCAAAAGCUUCCUCCGGAUCCCAUUUUCCAAAGAGCGGGUGCCCUGGCCACUUCAGGGAUAAUGGGGCCGACGUCCUUUGCGCUGAGCUUCGGAGGAAACCCGCUGAGAUGCAACUGCGAGCUGCUCUGGUUGCGUAGAUUACUACGAGAGGAUGACCUGGAGACCUGCGCGUCACCGCAGCACCUCGCCGGACGCUACUUCUGGUCCGUGUCAGAAGAAGAGUUCCUUUGCGAGCCUCCUCUCAUCACCAGGCACUCCCAGGAGCUGCGAGCUUUGGAGGGUCAAAGCGUCACGCUGCGCUGUAAAGCCCGCGGCGACCCGGACCCCAUUAUCCACUGGAUCGCCCCCGACGGACGCCUCAUGUCCAACUCCUCCCGGGCGACCGUACACACCGACGGCACGCUGGACAUCCUCAUCAGCACCGUCAAGGACUCCGGUUCUUUCACCUGCGUGGCCUCCAACCCGGCCGGCGAGGCCCAGCAGAAGGUGGAUCUGCUCAUCGCCAAACUCCCGCACAUCGGCAACAAUACAGCCGCCGAACGGGAACCCGACCCGGGCUCGUCGGAUAUCACUACGGUGACCAAGACAGGGGCAGAGGGGCCGGGCGGGGUGCCUCUGGGGAACGCUAAGUCCAGCCAAGAGAGGAAAGUGGUCAUCGCCGAGGCCACGUCCAACUCGGCCAUGGUCCAGUUUCAGUUUCAGCGGAACAUUCCAGGGAUCCGCAUGUUUCAGAUCCAGUAUAACGGGACCUAUGAUGACUCUUUGGUCUACAGAAUGAUCCCGCCAACCAGUGAGAACAUCCUACUGAACAACCUGGCGGCAGGGACGCAGUACGACCUGUGCGUCCUGGCCAUCUACGACGACCAAGUGACCUCGCUGACCGCCACCCGGGUCAUCGGAUGCGCCCACUUCACCACUGAGCCGCAGUACCUGAGAUGCCAUUUUAUGCAGUCGCAGUUCCUGGGCGGAACCAUCGUGGUCAUCAUCGGGGGGAUCAUCGUGGCUUCGGUGUUGGCUUUUAUCAUCUUUCUCAUUGUGCGCUACCGGGUGUGCAACCAAGGAGACGCGGACAAGGGGCUGGAGAUGGGUGACAUCCGUUCCCUGAGCAGUGACGGACAGCUUCAAAGCUGCGGGCUUCCGAAAUCUCUCUCCAAGCAGGUCCUGCGUCCGGAGAAGAACGACAAGGACUGUCUAAGAGUUGCUUUGCCUCCGCUGGAGCCAGCCAAGCAGAGAACGCCUGUCACUGCCGCCAACGCCGCUGCCAACGCCAACACCAAACCCUGCGUCCCAGACUGCACGGUGUCCACAUCGGCCGCCAGCCACAGUUGGCACCCGGCAUCCCCGGGCGUCCCCAGAGUGAAACGUUCCACGGCGCCGUCUAAACCCUCCGAGGCACGCCUAGCGGACAUUGAACUCAACAACGUGAACCGCAAUAACUCCUCACAGAUACCGCCCGUCGUGGCAAGAGUCACGCCCGGACAAUGGACCGCAGGUCCCAGGGUUCCGCGAGCCCGCCAGGCACCGCGGCAAUACAUGACUGUGCCCGCCGGGGGUGUGAGAAUGAACCGCAGACACUCCCUGAACGCGGACUCAUCCAGGGAGCGCUUGUACGUGGCGUACCCCAAAACGGGAGCCAGCCUGCGGUCCAAGCGGAGCCUCUCCAUGAGCGGCGAGCUCCCGCAGCUGCAAAGCACAACAAACAUUCACCGGGCUCGCGACAAGUUGUCCAGGUCCGAGUGGCUUCUGGAGAGCACUUUAUGAUUUGGAGUAUACUGCUUGCAUCCUUUGGGUUUUUUUUUUUUUUUUUCUGGAUUGGAUUUGUGGCCUGCUGUGGAAGCUGCCCUGAAGGUCGCCUGCACAACUCUUAGGGAAUAUUAUGGCUUCACUUUUGUUUUUAUACACUAUAACCUAUCAAUGUCUUCUUUCAUAAGGGACUUUGGGCGGACCAAGAAAAGCACAAGUGUAUAAAAGCACUCCUGUACAAAUGUUUUGUUGCGUGUAAAAACCUGAGCGGACACUGUAUUAUACAGACGGUGGGGGGCGUGGCCUAAAGACAAACAGCAAGCACACAUAUUCCGAGAGUUACUGAAUGUGCUUUACAUCCCAGACGCAGCACAAUGCAGCAUUUUUUUCGUGGCACACGUUGACUCAGCCUUGAUACUGCCCUCCGGUUUGAAUCGAUCAAAUCGUUUCUAUCAUUACUUCAUUACAUAAAGACCCCAAAAAAAUGCUUUGAAUGAUGACUGGCGCAGACGCAACGCCGCAACAAGCGAAAGGAGAAAUGAUGUGGCGUUCUGCGUGGAUGAGCUCCAGACCAAUGAGACAUUUCCAUGCUCCUUCUUCUUCUUCUUUUUUUUUUUUUUUAUAUAGACUUUUUUUUUUUUACGUAUUACCAUGACAUGCUGGUGUAAAUUAACUUGUAAGCGAAAGGACAAUUGCGGGUACGGGAUUGAUUUUGCUGUUGUUUCUGUUUGAUGUUUAACAGUAUAAAUAAAGCCGUGAUACAAGGGACGUUCCAUAUGUCAUAUCCAACACUACCGUCGAUGCUUUGCAGUAGCCAUCGGGGAGCCACUUCCAGAAGUUUCCACCAAUUUCUUUGGAGCUGUCAAUCCUGAUCAGGCUCAUGUUUGUACCGCGGGGGGGUUUUUGUUGGCGGGAUGACUACAUCGGAUUCGUAAAUUGUGAGACGUCAUGCCAACAAAUGCCAUUAAUUAGAUGACUCUGUCCUGAGUCACACCAUUUUUUUUUUAAAUGGUGUUCUUCCCGCUUCAUUAACGUCAUCUAGGGUCUCAUGUUCACCCUAUUAGGUACCGCACCCCCACGUCUGUGCUAUAGUACACAUGACAUUUGGACUGAAUAUCUCAUUCAUUCAUUUUCUACCACUUUUCCUCACAAGGGUCGCGGGGGUG